CCGAAAGUGUUCACUUAUGAAGCAAAGUCUUGGUAUAAGAACAAACACAACUGAGAAAAUAACAUCAUCAUCUUUGGAAGAAAGAUUUAUUCAGCCAAAACAGAGCUUAUUGCUUAGAACACGAUCUUGACCAGAAGGAAUCUAAAAUGUAUUCUCCUUUGUCUUUGCAGAUAAAGUGCUCCGUGUGUUUGAGUGAUUUUACGGAUCCAGUGACUCUCUCUUGUGAACACUCGUUCUGUCGGGAAUGCAUCACCGGUCACAUGCAGGCCAGCCUGGGACCAAGCGCCUGCCCAGAAUGCCAAAGGCCUUAUAACAAAGAAGACCUGAAAUCCAGCCGUUUACUGAGGAACAUGACCUCGACAGUGAGAGAGCACCUUGCUGAGCAGAAAUCGGACAGAUCCACAUCUAAAGAAGGAACACAAGCAUUAAAUUCUCCAGAAAUGGAAAAGAUGCUGAUGUGUUCUGAACACGAUGAGAAGCUUAAACUGUUCUGUGAGACUGAUCAGAAGCUGGUGUGUGUCAUCUGCAGGGAUGGAGACAAACACAAAGGCCACGUCUUUAAACCUGUGAAAGAAGCUGCGCAGAUCAACAAGGGGGAGCUGAAGACUGCUUUGGGUUUUCUUGCCAAAGAAAAUGGACAGCUGGAUUACAUGAUACAACAACAGACUACUGAGAUCACUAAAACUGAGGAUAAAUCCAAAACCUUAUCAGCCCAGAUCUCUGCUCAGUUUGAAGAAAUGCACCAGUUCUUACAACAAAAAGAGGAUGAGGUGAAGAAACAGUUGGAGAAGGAGGAGAAGAAAGUUAUAGAAGUCAUGCAGAAGAAUCAGUCUUUGAUAAACAGAAGGUUUAUGGAGAACAAAGAAAUGGAGAUUAUUCUGCAGUCAGCUCUGGAGAUCGAGCAACCUGAUCACUUUCUACAGUGGUGGAAUGAAAAAGGAUUUCCAAUGACAAAGAACAUGAAGCAGAAAGCCACUGAGACACCAUCAAAUACCCAAUAUAUGUCAAGGGUCAAAGAUCUUUCUGUGCUUCCCGAUUCUCUCUUUCUUGGCCCCCAUGAAACUCACAUGCAGUUCUUUGUGUGGAAGGAGAUGCUGCAAUCCAUCAAACCAGUUCCUGAGAGUUUAACCCUGAAAAAUCCUGGAGAGUCAUACUUAAAAGUGUCUCCAGGGGGCGCCAGAGUCCGACAAGCUGACAGAAUGUCUGGUCUGUAUAAAGACUUUAAUCCAGGUACAGUUUCAGUGGAAAACUUCCAAACUGGCCAGCACUACUGGGAAAUAGAGGUAGGAAAAAAGCCAGACUGGACUGUGGGAGUUAAGAUGAGUUCAGAAAAACAGACAACAAAGUCAGGUGAGAGUGAGAUCCUGCUCCACCUUAAACACAAUAAAGGAUAUGUUCUGUCCUGUGAUGGAAAGGACACUCCAUUAAGUACUCGAGACAAACCACAGAAAAUAGGAUUGUAUCUGGACUGUGAGAGAAAGCAGGUGUCGUUCUAUAACGCUGACAACAUGUCUCAAUUGGUCCAGAUAAACUACAGCUCAAAACAGCCUUGCUGUCUCAGUCUCGUGCCAGGACUUUAUCUGGAUGGAACGAAUAGUGACCCUCUCACUGUCUGCUCAUAUGAGUUUAACUCAAAGAUGAGAUUAAAAUAAAAAUGUUUUGAUCUUUCCAACUUUGACACAUCAUGAUGGCAGGAAAUAUAAUUUUUAUUUAGCUUCUUGAAGUUUUUGUGUGAUUCGCUCACUGCAACAAUGACAACAUGAAAAGAUACAAGAGAAAUAUUGAUUAUUUCUUUAAAUUAAUUUAUUGAUUACAUGCAAGUCUCAACUGAAUAAUUAUCAUAGGCUAUGAUGUGAGAAGUGAACAAUAACAAUCAGGUUUCUUCCUUUUUAAAAGGUAUUUUUGAGUUAAUUUUCAGUUUUAAAUGGCUAAUUUCAGCUUAUCCAAAGUCAGCCAAGAGAUAUGAAUUUUAUUGUAUAUCUAUUGUUUUUCAGCACAUAUUUGAAGAGCAAAAAAGAUGUUUUAAAUUUUUUGAAUUCAUAUUUAUGCAUGAUAUGACAUGAAAAACAUUUUGAAGCAUGUUGGUUGUGGAAGACAAUCAUUCAUACAUUUUCUUAUUUAGGGUUAGGAGGAAAAAUAAUUAAAGAUUUGACUUUGCAUUGAAAUGAUCAGCAUACAAAUAAUAAAAAAAAAAAAUCAAAGAUAUAAAAAUACAUCUGUACAUAUGCCAUGAUAAUUAACACACUCGUGGUAUCAUAAUUUAAAAUGAAUAUUGAACAUUUAAAAAGCCUGCUGUAAAAAGUUUCAAGAUUAGAGGAAGGAAAGUUAGAAAAGUGAAAUUACCAUGUAUUUAUAUUAUAAUUUCUGUUAUUAUGAUGAAUGAUUACCAUUCAUGUUUAUUAAGGUAACUGUCUUGUUUUGUUGAUCACUUUAUUUAAAAUUAUUUUUAAAGCAGUCUAUACAAAAUUUAGCACUGGAAAAUGAUAAUAUUCACAAACAUGAAGAUAAAUCUUGCUGUAAUUUGCCUGUUAUUUGUUUUUAUUCUAAUACUGUAGGCAUCUAUAUUUCCUCUGGGUGGUGCGAGUCCUUCCUCCCUA